AAAUGAUCAAUUUAAACACUAUGUGGCGCUGCUGUGAAAAUACGAAACGUGUUCAAAGAAUAUAAUUCAUAAUUUUCAGUAGUUUUCGUACAACGUGCCAAUACAUGUGUUCGGUUUUUCAAAAGUGCCUUCAAUUAAACUUCUAAUAAAAUAUUUAUAUAAAACAAGGGAAAGUAAAAGAAAGAAAAAUAAAUAUGGCACUAUCAGUGGUUAUGGCUGUUACAAAUUCUGAUAUUAAAUCAAUGAAUAUGAUUAAAAAUCGUUUAAAAUUAUCAGAAACUUUAUGUAUUAAAAUUCCAAUUCAAGAAUAUCACGAUACUACAAGUACGUGUGGAUUUAAUAAAUAUUCUCCAUCAUCAAAGACAACAUUAUCAUAUAGCACAGAUUCUAAUUCAACUAAAAGUACAACAUCUGAUUCAAUUAAAUCGUCAAAACAAAACAAAGAUUUAUCAGAGAAAACUUUAGCAAUGCGCGUCACUUACAGGAAUCGUGACAUCUUGAAUUUAGGAGCUAAUCUUAGAGAACCAUCCUGGCACAGAUGGAAUCCAAGAAGACCUCAAUACGAUUCAUUAGAUAACAUACCAGUAACAUGUAACUCGGUAUUUUACCGACUGGACAUGAGAAAUGAUUAUAAAGAAGACUUUCCUGUGAAAUUUUGCAGAAACUGCGAGUUUCCUAUUCCAAUUCCGAAUAUAUACAGUUAAACGCACAUGGUACGAAUGACUUUUUGACGAUUGUAUCGUCAAUCCUAUACUGUGAUAAAGGACUGAAGCGGUAGCCGACUAUACUGAAUUUCUCAUUGAUAUAAAAAAAAAGAGAGAAAAAAUGGAAAAACCAAGAAAAAUUUAAUAUCUUGAAUUAAAAUGAUAAGAAGUGACAAGAAUUCUUAUACAUCAGUCGGAAACGGACCGCAUUAAUCAUUAGAAAAAAAAAAUUUUUUUUACGUAAUUCUACGCACUAAUUGUAUUUAUAAUUUUCUAAUUAUUUGAUAAAAUCGGAAAUAUUUUUCCGAUGAUGAAGAUGACAUUUAGAAAUACUUAUUACUAAAUUCAUAAAGUAUAAAAUAAUGUCUCAUUAUGUAAUUAGUAUUUUUAUAUUUUUUUCUAAUAACGUACGUAUGGCAAAAAAAAAGUGAUAAAAAUAUUUUAAUAUUGUUUUAAAAAAUAAUAUCAAUUGACUAAUUUUUAAUAUUUGUCUUCAAAAAAUCUUAAAAUGAAUUUUAAAACUCUAACAAAUACUAAAAAUUAGUCAAUUGAUAUUAUUUUUUAAAACAGUACCAAACAAAUUUUUUUAACACUUUUUCUUUCCGUGUAUAUAUAAAAUUGAAUCGACACAAGGAAAAUAAAUCUGCUAUGAUUAUUGAAAAAUCACAGUUAUAAUUUCCAUCAAUGUUACAAAUUUUUUUUAUAAAUUUACUUAUUUCUAUUGCUGUAAAAAUAAAUAUGCAAUAAUUGUAAGAAUAUUAUUAUGCAACAAAUUAUUUUUCUAUCAUUAUUAAAAUUCAUAAAUUUAAAAAAAAACAUGUGAUAUCACUAUAUUUUUAACUGAUUAGUUAAUUAUUGUAGCAGAUUUUUUCUCCAUGCAGCAGGAGAAAAGUAGUUGUAUACAAUCAACAAACAAGUUUUUAUUAGAAAAUUUCCAGUAUAUUAAUAUAAUUAACAGAAAACUCUCAUUGUUGCAUUGGCUCAUAUAAUGAAAUGUAUAAUCUAAUUAUCGCCUUUAAUUCAACAUCUUUUUUCCUGCUGAAUAUGCGCGAACAAUUUUAUUUUUAAGCCAAUGCAGUAUUUCAGAAAUACGAGUAAACAAAGCGAAUCUAAUUUCUGCAGUAUGAAUUUUUGCGGAAGUAUCUCAUGUAUACAAUAGCGAAUGAAAAUAUUUUGAAAAAAUAGUAAACAUAUAUUUGGUAUAACUUUAAUGUAAAAAAAAUCUUAAAACGCAUUGUCUAAACAUAAAAAAUAUACUCGACAUCUAUGACUAAUGUUUAUUUAAAAAAUAAACUCAUUCAAAAAAAAAAAAAAAGAA